UGAUUUGGCUGGAGCAUGAAGUAUAUAAAUGGCUUUGCAAUAAGAAUCAAAAGAACCCUUUUUACCUCGUUUCUUUUCCUCUCUCUGGCACAGAUCAUGGCCCUCCACCCUCGAAGAGUUCGGCUAAAGCCCUGGCUGGUGGCCCAGGUAGACAGUGGCCUCUACCCUGGUCUCAUCUGGCUACACAGAGACUCCAAACGCUUCCAGAUCCCCUGGAAACAUGCCACACGGCACAGCCCCCAACAAGAGGAAGAAAACACCAUUUUUAAGGCUUGGGCUGUGGAGACUGGAAAGUACCAGGAAGGGGUGGACGACCCUGACCCUGCUAAAUGGAAAGCUCAGCUCCGAUGUGCUCUCAACAAAAGCAGGGAAUUCAACCUGAUGUAUGAUGGAACCAAGGAAGUACCUAUGAAUCCUGUGAAGAUCUACCAAGUGUGUGACAUCCCCCAGCCCCAGGGCUCUGUCAUUAACCCAGGGUCCACAGGGUCUGCUCCUUGGGAUGAGAAAGAUAACGAUGUAGAUGAAGAUGAUGAGGAGGAUGAGCUUGAUCAGUCGCAGCACCACGUCCCCAUCCAGGACACCUUCCCCUUCCUGAACAUCAAUGGUUCCCCCAUGGCCCCAGCCAGCGUAGGCAACUGCAGUGUGGGCAACUGCAGCCCUGAGUCAGCGUGGACCAAAACAGAACCUCUGGAAAUGGAAGUACCCCAGGCACCCAUCCAGCCGUUCUACAGCUCUCCAGAGCUGUGGAUCAGCUCUCUCCCCAUGACUGACUUGGACAUCAAGUUUCAGUACCGUGGGAAGGAGUAUGGGCAAACCAUGACGGUGAGCAACCCUCAGGGCUGCCGGCUCUUCUAUGGGGACCUGGGCCCCAUGCCUGACCAGGAGGAGCUCUUUGGUCCCGUCAGCCUGGAGCAGGUCAAGUUCCCAGGUCCAGAGCAUAUCACUAAUGAGAAGCAGAAGCUGUUCACCAGUAAGCUGUUGGAUGUCAUGGACAGGGGACUGAUCCUGGAGGUCAGCGGACAUGCCAUUUAUGCCAUCAGGCUGUGCCAGUGCAAAGUGUACUGGUCUGGGCCAUGUGCCCCCUCACUUGCUGCUCCUAACCUGAUUGAGAGGCAGAAGAAGAUCAAGUUGUUUUGUCUAGAAACAUUCCUGAGUGAGCUCAUUGCCCACCAGAAAGGACAGAUAGAGAAGCAGCCACCAUUUGAGAUCUAUUUAUGCUUCGGGGAAGAAUGGCCAGAUGGGAAGCCCCUGGAGAGGAAGCUCAUCUUGGUUCAGGUCAUUCCAGUGGUGGCUCGGAUGAUCUACGAGAUGUUUUCUGGUGAUUUUACCCGGUCCUUUGACAGUGGCAGCGUUCGGCUGCAGAUCUCCACUCCAGACAUCAAAGACAACAUCGUCGCCCAGCUCAAGCAGCUGUACCGAAUCCUUCAAACCCAGGAGAGCUGGCAGCCCAUGCAACCUGCCCCCAGCAUGCAGCUGCCCUCUGCCCUGCCUGCCCAGUGAUCCUGACUGCUGUGUGUCUCUCUUCUCUCCUCUCUUUUUUUAUAUUGUACAUAUGGAUUUUUUUUAAUUCACAUUUAACCAACUUUUUAAGUCUCCUUUCUCUAACAUCCUUAGAGACUUUCCAAAUAUUCUAGUUUUGAAAAUUGCUCUUUAAUUUAUCAAGAUGCCAUCCCUCUGAGGGGUUCCUUUUAGAUCUUCCACAGUGUGUGUAGGAGAUUUGAUUUGGGAGUUUAGACACUAGAGUUCUAGUUGCAGCUGUGCUUCUGUGAGGCAGGUCAUUUAACUUAAGGGCUUCAGAUGUAUCACUUGUAAAUAAAUAAGGUUUGGGAUGAUGUCCAAUUGCAUUCAGCCUUGAAACUCUGACUUGAGUACUUUCCUCUACUUGUGUAAGACAAAACUGCCCAGAACAGGACCCUUCUGCAUUGUUCUGAGACCACAUUUCCCCGCCUCUUGUUUUUAUCAAAGUUCCUUAGGCACUGAUCUGCCCUGAAUUGAGCUCUGUUUGACUUGUUCUGCUAGUACAGUAGGCUAGUUCCCUGCUGGGGGAAGUAAGAGGGAGAGGAGCUGACUGGUUGCUUAGGAACCGGUUUGGUAUCUAAAUAGAAAUGGGUGCCAAGGUCUGAAAGUCACCCAACCUGUGGAGUUAAAGCUCAUAAAGUGGGCGUCAGACAGGAAGCUGGUGACACGGAAAGCCUAGGGAUUCCAUGAAAGAGUGGCUGUCAGGUGUUUAUCUUGUCACCACUGAUGCCACAUUCUAUGUGGGGUGGGUGUGUGUACUCAAGGUAGAAGCUUUUCUUUUUUCUCAUUUCCUUCUGAACAUGAGCUGGAGGGAGUUGGGCAUCUAAGAUACACUCUGAUGACCAAAUGGACGGUUCUUGUUUAGAGACUUAAAAUAGUCUUCCUGACAUAUGGGUUUUCCAAGUGGGAAGAAUGAGGUGUGACAUAUGUCAGAGGUUUGGGCAGUGCUCUUCUGGGCAAGGCUCAAACCUGCUUCUGUCUCUUUCUGUGAGCGAAGGAGUAGUGUAGAGCACCACAACUGUGUCUCACAGAGUGUCGCCCCAGCACCUUCUUGUUUGAAUUCCAAGUCUCAGAUGAAAAACCAGAUGUAUACCUCUGGUUAUAGGUUCUAUCCCUCUUGAAUGCUAAUGUUUUUUUGUUUCAUGUAACAGGGCCCAAGCCCAUGUGUAUAGUCUGCUCACCUUAAAUGAAGAAUAGCACUUCCUAUUUUUCAAACUACUGAAAGUUGGGGUGGAUUUAAAGUCUAAAAGCUCAAAAUGAUAUUGGGUGACAGUGAGGUUUACUUAGGAUGCUUGAGCUUUGGUUUAAAACUCUUUAAAGAGAUUGUUAAAAGCAGGACUAAGAAAACUCUGGGUAAGUUAAGAAAGGUGAGUGCAGCGCCUGGUGGUGGUGGCACAUGCCUUUAAUCCCAGCACUUGGUAGGUAGAGGCAGGAGCAUCUCUCUGAGUUUGAGACCACCCUGGUCUACAAGAGCUAGUACCAGGACAGCUACGGCUGUUACACAGAGAAACCCUGUCUCAAAAAAAAAAAAAUAAAAUAAAAUAAAUAAAUAAAUAAAAAUAAAAAAAAAUAAAAAUGUAGAUGUGUGUGUGAAUAAAAACAAAGCAUAAUUAUAUAACUGUACACACAUACACAAAGAAUGAAAAUGUCAGAGUAAAACUCUUUGUAUGCUAACUAAAAUUCUUUUAAAGAGAUAUUUAGGUGUAAGUUUAAGAGUUGGAUAUUUAUAGAUCAGGAAUCAUGCAAGGCAUAGGGAGUUUAUUAUUACUAUUUUUUUUUUUUUUGAGGAAUGUGAAGUAACAUCAUUUGGUGAGUUGAAGUGAGGGAGUCUUGAUGUGUGGUUGCACCAUGGAAUCUGGGAGCUCCAAGCUAAAAAUAACUCAUUAUAGGAAAAGUGGAAGGGCAGCUGUGGAAUAGGGACCAUUAUCUUUCCCCUCUAUGAAAUAUAACAGGUUAUUAGGGAAGGCCAGAUAAAGAAACUGGUGAAGAAUGUUGAAAAAUAAGCUCUGAAGUGUGGCUAGAAUGAAAAGUUGAGUGUGAUAGGAGGAGGAAAUAUUUUGUGUGGUCCUAACUAGACAGUCUAGUUUCUUCCUUGUCUUGCAUCUUUUGCAGCAUGCUCAGAGAGUAAAUUACAUGCAGGGAUCUUCUAUGAUCAUCUCCAGUAAGCUUUCUCUGGUUUGAAAGAUACCGGGUAACCUUUCUUAGGGCUCAGUUUCCUGCCUCUUCCAUUCACUCCCUAACUGCCUUCUCCCUUGUCAUCCUCUCAAGACUCAGAAGGGAGGAGGAUUUUCCUUAGCUCCUCCUCUUCCUCAGUGUGCAUUCUAGGUAAACUGGGAAGGCAAAUAUCAAAUUUGGUUUCUUCCCCAUAAUUAAGUCCCUGGUUGUAUGUUCCCUUAGCAUCUUAAACUUUCAGAAUAACUGUGUUCCGUGUAAAUUCUUCACCAUCUAUGUCCUACAUGGCUGUUUGUCUUGGAUUUACUGCCAGGUCUUCAGCAGCAUUUGAUACAGUGUGUUCUCAGAUAUUUGUGCUGUAAUAAAUGAACUAAGUCUUCCAAUUUGGAGAUUCAUUGCUAACUACCAUGGGGAUAUACAAUAAAUUUGGGAAAGAAAAAGU